UCAUUCAACGAGAGCGAAAUAGUCGCGGAGAAAAUCAAAACAAGGAGCGGGCGAAUGCUUUGAGGGAAAAUGGGAAGGAAGAAAAUCGACCGAAAAUGAGGAACUGGGUUCUUUCAACAUUAGGUCCUUCUCCUAAUUUCGAUGCCGAAUUUCUAAUCUUUGAGAUUUGAGGAAGGUUUUUUUUGUUCAUGGCGGAACCUGAUACAAUCUUCAUCUCUGCCGACAAAGCUUCUGCUUCUUGUUGUCGGGUUCCAUUUGGGUUUAUACAUUUACGUUUUUUUUUAUUUUUAUUUUUAUUUUUUUUCAUUUGGAUCACUGACUGAUUAUCUCGCUUGAGGAUCUGACACAAUGAAGUUCGGGUCGAUUUAGUUUUUGUUUUUUCUGUUUAAUUUGAAGUGGAAUGUUUGUUCUGGACACUUGGUAGUGUCGUUUUGGGAGAUGGUCCGAAGUUGAAAUUCGCUACUUAGCUUGAAAAUUUUGGAUCUUUUGGAGUGAGUGGCGUUCAAUAGCGUUCUGCAUUUUGUGGGGGAUAAGGGAGUUCUAUUGGGUAUUUGUUUCUUUUGGGAAUAAGUUCAUCGCCAUGAAUGGUAUUGGGGAAUCUUCUCAAUCUGGGUCUGGAGUUGUUGAUUCUCAAUCUUUGGGAAGUGGUGUUGUUCGUGAAGAUACCAUGGUUGUUGAACAAGGUUCGCCUCUAAGAGGUGGUGGGAGGAAUACUAGUCCAUUGGGUAGAGCAGGAUCGAGGAACACUAGUCCUUCGAGACAGAAGGUUAUAAAGACGAAACCUCGUGGAUUAGAUGAGGAAACAGUCACAACAUUUGGUAAAGCAGCUUAUCCAGACGUUCAAAUGGAAGACGGUAUAUGGGCGAUGCUACCUGAAGAUUUGUUGAAUGAGAUCUUAGCCAGGGUUCCUCCAUUUUUAAUCUUUAGGCUUCGUUCUGUUUGUAAAAGGUGGAAUUCGAUACUUCAAGAUAGUAGUUUCCUUAAAUUCCAUGCUCAAGUGCCUUCACAUGGGCCUUGUCUUCUCACAUUUUGGAAGAAUUCUCAAACUCCCCAAUGCUCAGUCUUCAGCUUGCCUUUAAAAACAUGGUAUAAGAUUCCAUUUACAUUUUUGCCUCCUUGGGCAUUCUGGUUGGUUGGUUCAUCUGGUGGUCUUGUUUGUUUUUCUGGGCUUGAUGGGCUAACUUUCAAAACCUUGGUAUGCAAUCCGCUCACACAAAAGUGGAGGGCAUUGCCAAAUAUGCAUCACAAUCAGCAGAGGCAGCUAAUUUUGGUUGUUGAUCGGACUGACCGUUCGUUUAAAGUUGUAGCGACUAGUGAUAUUUAUGGUGAUAAGUCUCUACCCACUGAAGUUUAUGACUCAAAGCUGAACCGUUGGUCACUUCACCAGACAAUGCCUGCAGUAAAUCUCUGCUCCUCAAAGAUGGCAUAUUGUGAUUCCAAGUUAUACUUGGAAGCUCUUUCUCCACUUGGUCUAAUGAUGUAUCGUUUAGACACAGGCUAUUGGGAACAUAUUCCAGCCAGGUUCCCUCGUUCAUUAUUGGAUGGGUAUUUGGUUGCCGGUACACAGAAGCGUCUAUUCCUUGUUGGUAGGAUUGGUCUUUAUAGCACUCUUCAAAGCAUGAGAAUUUGGGAACUGGAUCAUGCAAAAAUCACGUGGGUGGAGAUAAGUAGAAUGCCGCCUAAAUAUUUUCGAGUUUUGUUGAGGUUAUCAGCGGAGAGAUUUGAGUGCUUUGGACAGGAUAAUCUGAUCUGCUUUACAUCUUGGAACCAAGGGAAGAGUCUUCUUUAUGAUGUGGAUAAAAAAGUCUGGUCUUGGAUUGCUGGUUGUGCUUUGCAGUCGUGUAACAGCCAGGUCUGCUUCUAUGAACCGAGAUUUGAUGCUUCUGUACCAUGAGCUGACUUUUUUCUUUUCAGUGAAGAUUCUUUAUUACAUCCAUUCUUAUUUGAGGGCACAAUUUUUCUCAUGACUUCUUCAUGUACACAUCCAUGUAAAUUGGUACUUCACUUCAUGAUUAUGGGCGUCUGCUGUUUUGCUGGACUAACUAUGUGGUCAUAAGCUUAGGAGCAAUUUUGUUUGCAAGAUAUAGCAGUAGUAAGAAUAGUUUCAACCAAGACUCUCCGUAUAUGGAUUUAGUGACAAAUUAGCUUGAGCACAUGAUCGACUGCAUUCAAGGAAAUUAUGUGGGUGGCAAUUGGGAAGAAUAGAAGCCAAGUUUGUAUUUGCUGAUGUGUUGGUUCAGGUUCAUUCCUAGUUAUGACUAUGGCAAUUAGAUCCAUUGCUCUUGCAGUUCAAUCUGAGAUAUAAUUGUGAGCUGCUGACUCCAAAGUUCAAUGAUGACGAUCAAGAAUGUUAAUGCCAUCUGCCAGAACUUGCAGUGCGCGGUUUGGUUCCUGGUAACUAGCUGCUCAAUUCAGAUGUGGUGCUUCAAGAGGCUCUGAAUAAUUUGAGCUCUCAGACUAACUUCUAUGGCUGGAGUUAAAAUACUGAAAUCGUUGCUUUGUUAAUUGCAUAUAUUUAGUUUUCAGGGCUUUUCUCUAAUGUAAAAAGACUGAUUUGUAUCAUCUGUUCAGGACAUGAAAAGAACAAAUUCUUCAAGUUGAACUGGAAUUCUUAUACUAAACCAGAAAUUUUCUC